UCUCACUCAAGUAACGUUUAGCAGAAGUGAUGGCCGAUUCCGUCUCCGUCGACGACGUGAGUGUCCAGGUAGCAGACAACGACGGUGCUUCCUCCGAGCACUUUAAUGAAGGGACGAGCGAAGGGCGUGUGGAUGUUGGCAUCCAUCCGUUGGUGUUGAUGAACCUGUGCGAUCACUGGACUCGCGUGCACGCUGCGGCCUCACUGACGGGUCCUCCGACCGCCAAACCAGUCGUUGGCGCAUUGUUUGGCAUUCAAAAGGGGCGCGAGAUUGAGGUCAUCGACUCCUUCGAGCUUCCGUCGGCGCACGAACUGAGUGUGUCAGACUCGAACCUGUCGUUGAAGGCGUUCUUGACGCAGCGCACGGAGCAGUUUGCGACCGUGUUCCCUGGCUUCGAGUUCCUCGGGUGGUAUGCCGUGCAAGACAAGAUCCACGCUUCUGACCUGGCCACACAUCGCAUGUUGAUGGAGUUCAAUGAGUCACCCCUCUUCCUUGUGUUGGACCCCACGCCUCCGCCCGCACAACCCAAGGAUCAUGCCAAGGUCAAGCUUCCUCUGGCCCUCUACGAGUCCGAGCUGCAUGUCGUGAACAACGCACCGACCAUGCUGUUUGUCAAAACGCCGUUCAAAGUCACCACCACCGAGUCGGAAGGCAUUGCGCUGGACCACAUUUCCAAGGUCGCCCCCACCAAUGCCACCGCACAAUCGUCCUUGCAUGGCAGUUUGGGGUCGCUUCGGGACGCCACGCACAUGCUGGACAAACAAUUGGGCGUGCUGCGGCGGUUUUUGGAGGCGACCAAGAACGGCGAGAUUCCAGUGGACCAUGCGUUGCUGCGACAGGUUGCGAGCAGUUGCCAGCAACUCCCCGCGAUGAAAUCUGCCUUGUUUGACGCGUCUUUUGCUCAGGAAUACAAUGACACGCUGCUGGUGACGUAUUUGGCGACGUUGACCAAGGGCAUGGCGUGCACGAACGCUGUUUUGGACAAGUUUACAAUCGCCCAAGAGCGUCCGGCGCGCUCGUUUAUGAUGUAGACAUACAUUGUAAACGAACGACGUUCAUUCUGGUUAAACACGAACUGCAUAUACCCUUUGUGUAUUCCAUUGGAUUUGGAAUGUGCACUACCAAA